AUGCGGUUUUCUCCCAACUCUUACACCCUCUUAUGUGACUUGCAAGUUCCAUGUAUUUCAUUCCGUUGUAUCGCUGUUCUUCAUUUGUGCCCCAUACAGCAACGCAUUUCACAAAUUAAUAUCGCGCAAUUUAAUGCAAAUUCGCUUCUCGGCCAUAUCGAUCAAAUAAAAAUAUUUUUCGAGCAAAACUUUUACCAUAUUAUAUCUAUAUCCGAAACAUGGCUGCAUUCGUACAUAUCAGACGAUGUAGUCAGGUUAAACAAUUACUUUCUAAUAAGAAAUGAUCGAGAGGGUAGAGAAGGAGGCGGUGUGGCAUGUUAUAUACACAAUUCCUUAAAAGUCAAAGUUCUUGCUAUGUCCCCUAGCGAAUUCUCGAAUUCACCUGAAUUUUUAAUUCUUGAUAUACACUUAUCCGACUCUGAGUCUAUUCUUUUUUCAUCCAUCUAUCGGCGCCCUAAGGGUUUACUUUUUAAUGAAUAUCUCAACACACUUUCACGAUUUUCUCAUGCAUACCCUAAUAUUGUCAUAGGAGGAGAUCUAAACUGCAACUUAUCAACUAUCAACCAUGAAUCGUCGUUCUUAAAAGAAAUGGUGUCGUCUCUCGCGAUGGACAUUGUACAGUCGGACUCAACGUAUCACACGGCGAGCUCUGAUUCAUGGCUCGAUGUCUUUAUCAUAGACAGUUUAGAAAAAUUAUGUGCUUUUCAUAAGUCAGAUGCUCCAUUCAUUGCGGGACACGACCUCAUUUCUUUAGCGUAUAAAUUUGCGAGACUACCCAAUAUCGAGCGUCAAAUCGAACGUCGGUCUCUCAAGAACUUUGUUGAUGACUUAUUCGUCACAUCGCUCAGUCGUUGUAUGGAUGUACAGAAAUUGCAGAUCCCUAAUCACUGUAACUCAUGUGAUGUUGACUCUCUCCUCAAUAGCCUAGAUAAUCUUCUAUUAUCUGAAUACGAUAAUCAUGCGCCAUUACGUACUUUCAAAGUUCAUAAACCAACGGCCCCCUGGCUAUCGCUUGAGUUAAAAAAUAGAAUUAAACAGCGAAAUUCUCUAUACAAGCAAGCAAAAAGGGCGAACAGUCUAUUAGGUCUUCAGAUCUAUAGAAAUUACAGAGAUGCUUUGACACACGACUUAAGGCUGGCAAGGAAUAACUACCACUUGCAAAGAUUGUCAAAUAUUACCGACACAGGAUUCAUGUGGAGAGAACUAUCCAACUUAGGAUUAAUUCGUUCAGCUUUUUCAUCACCCCUCCAUUUUUUCUCAGCAGACGAAUUAAACAAUCAUUACGUAGCCAUCUCUAACUCUCAACAGCCUUGUACAUGGAAUGAAAUUGAAAAUCUUCUCCACAUAAUCCCUAGUAACGAUCACCCGUUCACGUUCACGAAUGUUUCCGUUGACGAAGUCGCUAAUAUCAUUCUCUCGUCUACAACGCUAUCCCACUCUUCGGGACCAGAUAAAAUCUCGUCGUUCUUACUUCAAUGGAAACGAGCUUAUAUUCGCCCGUUAUCUAAAGUCAACGCUCCGCGAACACCAUCCGACACGCGACCCAUUGCCAAUCUCAGUGAACUAUCCAAGGUAUACGAGAGAGUAGCCCAAAAACAAAUCACGGAUUACAUUAAACGUAACUCUAUUCUAGACCCGCGGCAAUCAGGUUACAGAACACGGUUCAGCACCCAAUCUGCUUUACUUCGCAUUUGUCAUGAUGUCAGAAAAGGUGUUGAUAUGGGCCUAAUCACGAUCUUAGUCUUGUUCGAUUUUAGCAAGGCGUUCGAUACGGUGUCGCAUCUUCGCCUACUACGAAAACUUAGAAUAUCCCAGGCAGUAGUAGACGAGUCAGGUCGUACUUCUAGAUGGCAAUUUACUGCAGCAGGAGUUCCGCAGGGCUCGGUUUUGGGGCCUCUGUUGUUCUCCAUAUUUAUCAACGAUAUCGGGUCUUCGCUCAAGUAUUCAGACCACAUGAUUUUUGCUGACGACACUCAGAUCUAUCUGCAGUGCUCGCCAGCCGAGAUCCUCGUGGGAUUACAAAAAAUUACGCGUGAUGUAGUUGCCAUCUCCGAGUUUGCCACAGCGAACGAACUCUCCCUUAAUCUGGGCAAGUCAAAAAUCUUAAUUCAGGGAAGUGGGGCAAACGUCAAUGCCAUAGAUGUUAACUCUCUACCAGUUAUUGCCAUCAACGGAGUAGCUAUCCCGUAUGUUAAUGAAGCCAAAAACCUGGGAGUGGUCAUGUGUUCGAAUCUCUCCUGGUCUAGACAUGUUUCAACCAUCUCGCGCAGAGUCCAUUAUACACUUCACAAAAUUAAGUAUCAUCGGAAUGCUCUAUCUCGUGAACUAAAGGCCAAACUCGUCACGACUUUGAUUUUCCCUCUCUUAGAUUAUUGCUGCCUGGUGUAUAAUGACGUUACUGAUGAACUCAAAACGAAGCUACAACGUCUGAUAAACACUAGCGUCAGGUUUGUCUUCAAUCUCAGGAGAGACGAACACAUUACCCCUUACAGGCUUAGACUAGGAUGGUUAUCGGCAGAAAACAGGCGAUUAUAUUUUUUGGGAAUUACUGUUUUUAAAAUCCUCGAGAGUGAAGUGCCAACUUAUAUUAGUGAACUCUUCCUGCGGCCAGCUGAAGGACUGCGUCAAUCGGAGCGUCGUGCUCUUCCAACGUUUCAUGUUCCGAUCCACAGAACUGCUACUUACCGAAAUUCUUUUCACCUAUUGGCAGCGUAUUUUUGGCAUUCUCUACCUCUAACUAUCAAAUCGUCUCCUACUCUGCAAGUCCUCAAAAGCAGAUUGUUCGCCCAUUUGCUUGAAUCUGAGAUCUUAAAUUAUAAUAUUCUAGUUGGCAACGUUGUCACCUAG